CUCCAUCUGUCUGUCUGUCUGUCUGUCCUCCCGUCCGCCGCCAUGGAGGCCAUCAAGAAGAAGAUGCAGAUGCUGAAGCUGGACAAGGAGAACGCCACUGACCGCGCAGAGCAGGCCGAGGCCGACAAGAAGGCCGCAGAGGAGCGGGCCAGGCAGGCAGAGGAGGCUCUGACCCACCUGCAGAAGCAGCUGAAGGGGACCGAGGAUGAGCUGGACAAGUACUCAGAGAGCCUCAGAGACGCCCAGGAGCGCCUGGGGCUCACGGAGAAGAAGGCCGCGGACGCCGAGGGAGACGUGGCGGCCCUGAACCGUCGGGUCCAGCUGGUGGAGGAAGAGCUGGACCGGGCGCAGGAGCGGCUGGCCACCGCCCUGCAGAAGCUGGAGGAGGCCGAGAAGGCGGCCGAUGAGAGCGAGAGAGGCAUGAAGGUGAUCGAGAACCGAGCCAUGAAGGAUGAGGAGAAGAUGGAGAUCCAGGAGCUGCAGCUCAAGGAGGCCAAGCACAUCGCCGAGGAGGCCGACCGCAAAUACGAGGAGGUCGCCCGGAAGCUGGUGAUCCUGGAGGGAGAACUGGAGAGAGCAGAGGAGCGAGCGGAGGUGUCUGAGAUGAAGUGUGGGGACCUGGAAGAGGAGCUUAAGAACGUCACCAACAACCUCAAGUCUCUGGAGGCGGCUUCUGAGAAGUACUCGGAGAAGGAGGACAAGUAUGAGGAAGAGCUCAAGCUUCUGUCGGACAAGCUGAAGGAGGCCGAGACCCGGGCGGAGUUCGCAGAGCGCACCGUGGCAAAACUGGAGAAGAGCAUCGAUGAUCUGGAAGAGAAACUGGCCCAGGCCAAGGAGGAGAACGUGGGGCUGCACCAGACGCUGGACCAGACGCUCAACGAGCUCAACUGCAUCUGAGCCCAGGACUUGCCCGGCUCCUCUCAGAGAAGCUUCGCGCCGGCCCGUCCCUCCUUCCCUCCCCACUCUUCUCUCCGCUCUGGUCUCUCCCCCUUUUCCUUCUGCAUCUGUGACUCCCCCCCGAGGUGAGCGGGGUCCAGGCGGAGCCGGGACGCCCCCCAGGACGGUGCAGUGAGCAGCACUGGCCUGAGCCCAUCCCAUCCGGGGCCAGACUGGGUGCUGUUGUGUUUGAUUUCAGUUUGGGGUUUUCUCUUUUUAUUAUUUUCUGGGCAGCAGCGGGUAGAUGAGGACCCCUCCUCCUCCCCUCCUCCUCCUCCUCCUCCUCCUCCUCCUCCUCCUCCUCCUCCUCCCGGCCAAGAUUGCACACUGGUCUGUUCUGAACGGAGUGGGAUCCAGGUCUCUGCACGCAGGGAAGGCUUGAGAUUCCAGGGGAGGGAAAGAGAUGGAACUAACAGACACCAAGAAUGCGCGUCCAGAUUGACUGGCCGGGCUGCAUCUCCUCCUCCGUCUGGCAGAGACCAGGAGAGACAAAGCGGAGAGUCAGGGGGCGAAUAAUAAUACUAAUAAUCAUGACCGAAAGACACGCGUCCUGGUCGCCCUGACGUCAGGUCCUCUGUAUGUCAGGGGGCCGGCAAAGUUAGAAUGCUUAUUCCUUCUUCCGGGACCAAAUUUUAUCCAGAGGCCAGAGAGGAAAGUUACCCCCCCCAAAAAAAAAAAAAAAAAAUUUGCCUUUUGCCAAGAUUUCUCAUCCCUUUUUUCUUUCGGGACCAAACUUUAACCAGAAGCUGGGGAAGUCACAGAGUGAUUUUUUUUUUUUUUUCCUUCUUCCGCUGGGAUUUCUUCUCCCUUCUUUCGGGGACCAAACUUCAGGCGAAUCUUGGCGGGAAAGCUACAAAAUGACUCCCGCCAAGAUUU